CAUCACCCACACGAAGCCCACACAUUUUUACACAUCUCUUAUAUGUGUUGUGUGUACGACAGUAAAAAGAAACGAACGUGCUGUCAUUUUCUAACUGUUACAAAGAAAACCAUUGUUCGCAAUACUUAUUGCGAAGUACCACAAAUUGAAAACAUCAAGAAUUGUAAAGAUGGCCAGCACACAAUUAACAUCACGACCAAGGAUCACGAAAAAACACGAAAAACCACGACCCUUAAAACUUAAUCUUCGACCUGCAAGCAUUGAUGAGAGAAUAAAUACAGUAGAAGAUCUGGUAUCUUUGAUUGACAAUGUAGCAUCAAAUUUAUCCAAUGGUUUUCAUGAUCCAACUCUCCAACAAAAUAUCAUAACGAUGUGUAACACAUUAAAACAAUGUGCUCAUCAGUUUGAACCUGUUUAUAAAGAUCAGCUAGAUAGAGCUUUUGUUGCCAUUCGUAAUGGUAGUCAAGACGAAAGACUUGACUUAAUGACAAGAAUUCAUUUACUUGAACUCAUUGAAUUGCGAGCGAAACAAUGGUGUUACAAUGACUCAAUGGAUGCUUAUUAUACAUCUAAAUUGGCUGAUUUAAGUGAGCAACCAGAAACGAUGAUGCCAAUAGAAACAAUGACAAAUGCAGUAGCAGCAUCAAUGACAGGCUUGACAUCACCUCAAACACCUCCUGUGCUUGGUAUAGGUGAAGUAUUGAAGAAUAGUGGCAAAUUUUCUAAACCAACUCGUAUACCUGGUAAAAAUUAUUGCAAAGAUGAAGUUGUUAUCCGCAAUAGUGAUUCAGGAAAGGUGAUGGGAAUAAAAGGGAGACGAGUUCACAUGAUUGAAGAACUUAGCGAGACGAUCAUCUCCUUUCAGAGAGUUAAUCCAGGUGCUAGAGAACGUCUUGUUCAAAUUACUGGAACGUCUGAAGAUAAAAUUCACUAUGCGAAAGAUUUAAUUAAAGAAACGAUACAAAGAAACGCUUCUCCAGUUCGAGUUGGACAAGUAAGAUCAGAAAAAAGUGGCAUCGGAGGUUCAAGCUCAUCAUUAAACAGCAGUGCAUCAGAUGAAAGCAAUCGCAUUCAACCCCAAUAUCAACACGUACCUCAAAUGCGCUCUACACUCCUCCACAGUCUUUCUACUAAUGAUGCAAGCAUUGGCGAAUAUAAGCACACAGUUAAUGUUGGUAAUCAUACAUUAAAAAUAACAGGAAGUAAUUUAAAUCUUGUAAGAACUGCCAAGCUAGUCCUUGACGAGCAUUUCUCAGGAUGGACUGGAGUUUUGGAUCAAUCGAACAGUGGUAUUGAAUGUUUUGAUGUCAUCGAUGAUUUUUCAUCUACAUAUCCGUUGACUCCUAGUUUAACUACGACUAAAAGUGAACCAAAUAAAAAUUUAUUGCAAGAAAAUACGAAUCUCAAAAGAGAAACGAGUUUGGAUAGUAAUGCGACUUCCGAAAGCGAAGAAACUUUUAAGUCUAAGCAAAACGUUCCGGAAGAAUAUCUCUCUGAUAAAAACGAAAAUAGAGAAAUAUCGUACGAGCUACUCUUGCUGUGCGCAAAAGGGCCGUAUGCAAAACGACCUCCAGCUAAUUGGACAAGAAUCCAGAAAGAAUGUCCAAAUAUCGUUCGAAAGGUACCGAUUCGCUGGUUCGAACCGGACACUCAUCGAGCAAGAAUAGCAACUGCAGAAAUCAUAGCAGUUUUAUCACAUGGUGAAUUGGAAAACGAUCUCGAAUAGAGCAAAAAGAUACGAAAAAAAAUGAUUAAUGAAGAUUAAUUAAUUUUUAUCCCUAUAACAUUUUUAUAUCAUACCUAUUCAAUAGUUAACAUUGGUUACUGAUUAAUGAUAAUCCACAGUGCUUUUAUUAAGUUACGUUUGUUAACAGAAGUUCUUGCUGGAUUUUUAUUCAACUAUUUUUCAUUUAUUAUUUUUAUUAAAUAUUUUAAAAUACUAUUGAAUUUAACGGUAUACUUGCAACCAUUGAUACCAAUGUUUAACUUAUUUUUUCACUUACAAGUCAUUAACAAACGUUUAAAAAUUUCGUUUAAUUUAUUUAAAUCAUUAUUGUUGUUAAAGAUUGUGUAGUCUAGUCUUGGAAAUUAUUUAUUUCU